UGCGUCUCUUCUAGACUGUCUUUAAAUCACUGCGUCUCUUCACAAAGUCAGUCUGCUUGCUCUGAAAAUCUGGCAUCUUCAUUGAUAAUUGGCCACGGCUUACAGUCCCGACAAACACUGAUCAAAACACAAUCGAUCCCAUGUCAAGUGUUUUUUUCAGGAAUCAAUAAUGUUCCAAUGAAAAAACGUGGAAUUCACAAUUGCCACAUAGCCGGUUGUGGAAAGGUCUACAACAAAAGCAGUCAUCUGAAGGCACAUCUACGUUGGCAUUCAGGAGAACGACCUCCGGUUAGUUUGUCAACCACUUCAGCUUUGGUUACAUUCUGUUUUCUAGGCAAUUAA